AAGGAGUUCCUCCUCCUGCUAUUCACUCUGUAGCAUUCGCACCUCCUCCUUUGUUUUGCUUCUGUAUCAUGGGGCUUCUUGAAGCUCGUUUCCUACUGCCAUCUUUCCCAGUGCUUAACCUAGAAGACAUUUUCUUUCUCCAGGUCUUCCCACGUCCAUAGCACACUAUAAAUGGGUAGUUGGAGUGCAGGACUGUUUUAAUUUCCCUGCAUUCAGCUGUUUAAAAUAGUGCCCCAUCACAUAAAUAGUCCAUGGAUGACAGUGUAACUGACACCCAGAUUGCAUCGUAAGCUCCUGCACUCCUGGCUCGCUCGCUCCCCGGCUGUCCUCCUGUGCUGUUUCUGGUGCCCUGCCCUGGGAGUGUUGUUUACGGGUGGUGAUCGGUAGCCGUUAAAGCUCACAAGGUUCUGAGUUGAACUGCUAGGAGCUGGAGAGACGCCUGCGUUGGUAAUAGCAAAAUCGAUGCAGCAGCUUCAGCUGGCCGCCUUCGUGGGUUUACGGCACUGCUGUCUAGUUUGCUCUCUGUGCCGCGCGAGAGCGAGAAGGCUGUGGUCGGGAGGUCACAUGGCGACUCCACCGCAGCCUUCUUGCUCGAGGGCAAGCGGCAGAGAAGAGACAGACGUUUCGGUGGCUCGGAAUUUGUUUUGGAGACGGUGGUCCCCUAAGUGCCCAGACGACGGGACGGGCGGGGCGCGGUGCCCGGGAGGCGGGCGGUGACAGCUUUGGCGGCCACCACUCCGCUCAAAUAGCCAGUGCCGCGACCGGAGCGGACUUGGCACGGCCGCUCACCCCAUGGUGACGGCGGCGAGCGGGCGGUGCGCCGGGACUCCGGAGCGUCGGGGGCCCGGCGGCUCCCCUGGGGGCUGCCCGCGGCGCCCGGCACGGCGGCGGCGCCUGGGGACGGCGGCGGCGGCGGGGGAGAACGCGCAGGAGCUGCAGGCUUUCCGCGACUACGGGGAGAGCUGGUACCGCUCCCGCAAGGGGCUGGAGAGCCGCUUCCAGCCGCGGGAGCCGCUCGCCCGGCAGCCGCAGGUGACGGCAGAGGCGCGCUGCAAGCUAGUCAGCUGGCUCAUCCCUGUGCACCGGCAUUUCGGGGUCUCCUUGGAGGCACUCUGCCUGGCCGUCAACAUCCUAGACCGCUUUCUCGCCACUACUCCAGUGGCCGCCGACUGCUUCCAGCUCCUGGGGGUAACAGCGCUGCUCAUCGCCUGCAAACAGGUGGAGGUGCACCCUCCUAGCGUGAAAGAGCUCCUCGCCCUCUGCUGCGACGCCUUCACCCGCCAGCAGCUCCGCAACCUGGAGUGCAUCGUCCUGCAUCGCCUGGACUUCGACCUGGCGGCUCCCACCGUCAGCUUCUUCCUGGAGCACUUCAGCCAGGUGCGGCUGGAGGCUCGGGGGGCCGACGCAAGGGAGGCGGCGGACGCCCGGAGCCUGGCGGCGGGCGUCGCUGAGCUCAGCCUGGCUGACUAUGCCUUCACCAAAUACGCGCCCUCUCUGCUGGCCGCCAGCAGCCUGGGGCUUGCGGACCGGCUCCUGCGCCACCGCAGCCCCCUGGAUCUGCGAAUCAGCGGCUACUCGGAAGACGUCCUGCGGGACUGCAUGGACCAGCUUCAGCUCCUGGUGUCUCUGAACGGGCGGUCCCUGUCUCUCCUCCUGCCCUCGGAUGUGGCCCAGAAGUGCCCCUGGCUUGGGGAUGACCGCUGACAGUGGGUGGUGGUGGAGACGGCUCUGGCUCCGCGUUUGUGCUCCACAGAGUCGGUGCAGUCUGACCCACUAAGCCUUAGUGUCAUUGGAGCUUAAAAAUUAGAUGGCAUUUUGCAAACGAUUUUAUGUGUUAUGUCAUCUGCACUGUCUCUUUGCUGUAUUUUUUUAAGUUCAGCAUGUAAAUAAUUUACUGAAUCUCACGUACUGUGUUAUUUAACUGGAGGGUGGUCCAUAAAGAUAACGUUGUAAGGACCAACUGAAUGUUGAGUAAACUCUUUUCUGCUUGUUUCCUCUAUAUAGAUUUAUUGGCUGGCAGUGUGCAGAUGCAGCUGGGAGAGAAAACACAUUGGCACAUAAGGAAUUCACCCUGUCAAUUAACUUAAUCCCCCCCAGAAUAAACAUGCCCAAUAGUG